AUGCCCAGCCGGCCCAUUGCUCCUGCUCCACCCUCUACUCUCUCGGCUCCAGCAAAGGUUCCUGGGCAAGUUACUGUGACCAUGGAAAGCAGCAUACCACAGGCCCCAACAAUUCCCGUGGCAACGAUCAGUGGGCAACAGGGGCAUCCUAGUAACUUGCAUCAUAUCAUGGCUACCAACGUGCAGAUGUCUAUCAUCAGAAGCAGCGCUCCUGGGCCCCCGCUGCACAUCGGAGCUUCUCACCUGCCCCGAGGUGCAGCGGCUGCUGCGGUGAUGUCCAGUUCUAAAGUAACGACGGUCCUGAGGCGGCUCCGCGCAGCCCUGGCCACCGGCUCCCCAUCCGGCCGGGCACGCGCUUGUGAUGUGUGACCUGUAACGUUUUCUCGUCCUCCCGUGACGACUUCAAGCACUAUUCCUCCGGCUGUGGUGGCAACUGUCUCGGCCACAAGAGCUCAGUCCCCUGUUAUAACCACAACAGCGGCACAUGCUACGGAGUCAACCCUCAGUCGACCCACCCUGUCUAUCCAGCAGCACCCACCUUCUGCAGCUAUUAGCAUUCAGCGGCCGGCGCAGCCCAGGGACGCGGCCACGCGGAUUACACUACCGUCUCACCCAGCAAAAGGAACACAGAAGCCACAGCUCCACACCAUGGCUCAGAAAACCAUUUUCAGUACUGGUACUCCGGUGGCAGCAGCAACAGUGGCACCUAUUUUGGCAACAAAUACGAUCGCUUCAGCGACCACAGCUGGUUCUGUGUCUCACACCCAAGCGCCUACAAGCACCAUUGUCACCAUGACAAUGCCCUCCCAUUCUUCCCAUGCUACAGCUGUCACGACCUCAAACAUCCCAGUUGCUAAAGUGGUUCCUCAGCAGAUCACGCAUACUUCUCCCCGGAUCCAGUCCGAUUACACAGCCGAGAGGAGUAAUCUCAUACCCCUCUCCAGUCACCGGGCGUCUCCAAACCCGGUAGCAAUGGAAACCAGGAAUGACAACAGGCAGUCGGUGCCUGUCCAGUUCCAGUAUUUCUUGCCAACAUACCCGCCCUCUGCCUAUCCUUUGACUGCACACACCUACACCCCCAUCACCAGCUCGGUGUCCACCAUUCGCCAGUAUCCAGUGUCGGCCCAGGCGCCCAACUCGGCCAUCACAGCUCAGACCGGCGUCGGCGUGGCCUCCACCGUCUUUUUUUUCUCCCGGCCUGCUCCCAUCAGCGCGCGGGGGAUCCAGCCGGCGCCAAUCGGCGCCCAGGGCAUUCAGCCGGCGCCAAUCGGGACGCAAGGGCUCCAUCCCGCCGCACCCAUCGGCACGCCGGGGCUGCAGCCGGCGCCCAUCGGCGCGCAGCAGCCGCAGGCCGACACCAAGACUUCGGCAGUAGUCUUGGCAGAUGGAGCCACCAUCGUAGCCAAUCCUAUUAGCAACACAUUCAACACGGCUUCUGCAGCAACGACAGUUGUGCAAACCCACAGCCAGAGUGCCAGUGCCAGCGCGCCGGCCCAGGGCUCUUCCCCGCGCCCAAGCAUCCUCCGGAAGAAGCCAACCACAGACGGGCUGGCAGUCCGGAAAAGCUUAAUUCCACCUCAGCCACCUGAGGUAGCCAGCACGCGUGUCGAGAGCGCUAUGCGAAGCACAUCUGGAUCGCCAAGGCCCGCCGGUGCCAAGCCAAAACCUGAAAUUCACGUGUCCAUGGCCACUCCAGUCACUGUGUCUAUGGAAGCAGUGUCCAGUCAAGGCGGCGAGCAGCCCACCAUCGCGGUCCCCCCUACCUCCCAGCAGCCCCCCUCUGCCAUUCCAGCAAUCAUCGCGGCAGCCAGCCCCACUUCGCAGCCCGCAGCAGCGCUCUCCACCAUUCCAGGAGCUGUCCCGGCCGCUCCACCAACCUCCACCGCAAUCGUGGCAGGACCGGGUCCUCCAUCAACCAUGAGCGGUGCGCUCUCAGCAGUGCUGGGUCCUGCCGUACCAGAGAUCAAAAUCAAAGAGGAGGUGGAGCCUAUGGACAUAAUGCGACCAGUAUCUGUCCCUCCUCUGACUACAAGUACUGUGUCUCCGUCUCUGGCGUUGCUGGCCAACAACCUUUCAAUGCCUCCAAGUGAUUUGCCACCUGGUGCCUCCCCGAGGAAGAAACCCCGUAAGCAGCAGCAUGUCAUCUCCACAGAGGAAGGGGACAUGAUGGAAACAAACAGCACUGAUGAUGAGAAAUCCACUGCCAAAAGUUUGCUGGUGAAGGCAGAGAAGCGGAAGUCUCCUCCAAAGGAGUAUAUAGAUGAAGAAGGUGUACGAUACGUCCCUGUGCGUCCAAGGCCGCCUAUCACGUUGCUCCGUCAUUAUCGCAACCCUUGGAAAGCUGCUUACCACCACUUCCAGAGAUACAGCGAUGUCCGGGUGAAAGAAGAGAAGAAGGCUAUGCUACAGGAGAUUGCCAAUCAGAAGGGUGUAUCCUGCCGUGCACAAGGGUGGAAGGUCCAUCUCUGUGCAGCGCAGCUACUACAGCUGACAAACCUGGAGCACGACGUGUACGAGAGACUGACCGCCCUGCAGGAGGGACUCAUUCCCAAGAAAAAGGCAGCGACCGAUGACGACUUGCAUCGAAUCAAUGAACUGAUACAGGGGAAUAUGCAGAGGUGUAAACUUGUGAUGGAUCAAAUCAGUGAAGCUCGAGACUCCAUGCUAAAGGUCUUGGAUCACAAGGACCGUGUUUUGAAGCUUCUAAACAAGAAUGGAACUGUCAAGAAGGUAUCCAAACUAAAGCGAAAGGAGAAGGUCUAAAGCCAGAACAAUGACUCUGGAAGUGGAGAACGUGUACAGAAUGGAGUUGAACCUUUUUGUAGUUUGGGUUUAUUUUUAAGCAGAGCAUCUGAAUAAAAAGGAUGAGUUUAGGGAACAGAUGGCAACAGAUGGACGUCUGAAGCCUGGUGACCUGAAGGGAUUGUCGCUGAUCUCUCAUGAUGAACAAAGAUUUCUCUCAGGCUCAUCCCUUUUUAAAGUCUUUCCAGUCCCAUUUGUUUAACCCUCCUGAUGUGUCAGUGCCUACUAAUUGGAACUAGCGAUGCAACGUGUGGUGGACAGUGCUCUCCUGUUCUGCAGCUUAGGGGUAAACGCACGCAAGGCGUGUACGCACCC